AUGGACUCGAAGCAGCAGCUCCUCGCCGCCGGGGCCGCCCUGGGCCUCGCGGCCUACGCCCUCCGCCGGCGCCCGUCGACGUGCGACGCGGAGUCGCCGCCGCAGCUCAAGUACGGCACGGCGGGGUUCCGCUGCGACGCGUCGCUGCUCGACGUCGCCAUGGAGCGCGUGGGCAUGCUCGCGGCCUACCGGUCGCGGGACCGCGGGGGCGCCGCCGUGGGCGUCAUGGUCACCGCGAGCCACAACCCCGUCAAGGACAACGGCGUCAAGAUCGUCGACCCGUCCGGCGCGAUGCUCGCCAUGGACUGGGAGGCCAAGGCCGAGGCCGUCGCGCGCGCGCCCGCGAGCCGGCUCCGCGGCGUCUUGGCGGACAUCGGCAGCGGCGCCGGCGAGGCGACGGUCGUCGUCGGCUGCGACACGCGGCCCCAUUCGAAGCGGCUCGAGGCGCUCGUCAAGCGCGGCGCGGCCGCCGUCGGCGCGGCCGUCGUCGGCGUCGGCGUCGUCACGACGCCCCAGCUCCACCACUGCGUGCGCGCGCGCAACGGCUUCGAGCGCGGCGCGGCGUCGCCCGACGCGCGGACGGACCGCGCGCUCUACGGCUACGCCGAGGGCCUCGUCGAGGCCUUCGCGGACCUCGCCUUCGCGUCCCCGGAUCCCUCGGCGCCCCGCUGCCGGCCCGACGCGACCCUGGUCGUCGACUGCGCGGGCGGCGUCGGGUUCUACGCCGUCGCGGCCGCCGCGCGCCUGCUCCGGUCCGGCGUCGGGCCGGGCGCGCUCCACCUCGUCGCGCGCAACGCGCCGGGCGAGGCGCCCCUCAACGACCGGUGCGGCGCGGAGCACGUGCAGAAGCAGCGGCUGCCGCCCGCGAACUGCGGCUACGCGUCGUUCGGCGCGCCGUCCGUGCGCUUCUGCUCCGUCGACGGCGACGCGGACCGCGUCGUCUACGGCUACUACGACGCGUCCCAGGCCUUCAAGAUCCUCGACGGCGACAAGAUCGCGGCGCUCCUGGCCAACUUCGUCCGCGCGGAGCUCGUCGCCGCGAAGCCGCUCCUCGUCGACGUGCCCAGGCUCGGCGUCGUCCAGACGGCCUACGCCAACGGCGCGGCCCACGACUACCUCGCGGGCCGGGGCGUCGCCGUGGCCUACGCGAAGACGGGCGUCAAGUACGUCCACCACGAGGCCGAGAAGUUCGACGUCGGCGUCUACUUCGAGGCGAACGGCCACGGCACCGUGCUCUUCGCGCCGGACCUCUUGGACCAGCUCCGGCGCCUGCGGGGCUCGAAGCACAACCGCGACCCGCCGCGCGCGACGCUCGCGAUCCGGCGCCUGAGCGCCGUCGCGAACCUCGCGAACCAGGCCGUCGGCGACGCGCUCGCGGACGCGCUGCUCGUCGAGGCCAUCCUCUGCGUGACGAAGACGUCCGUCGAGGGCUGGGACGCCAUCUACGCGGACCUCCCGAGCCGCCAGCUCAAGCAGAAGGUGAAGAGCCGCGAGGCCCUCAAGCCGAACGCGAACGAGACGAGGCUCCUGAGCCCGACGAACCUCCAGGACGCCAUCGACGCGCUCGCGGCGAAGGCGCCCAACGGCCGCGCCUUCGUGCGCCCGUCGGGCACCGAGGACGUCGUCCGCAUCUACGCCGAGGCGCGGACGCGGGCCGACGCGGACGCGCUCGCGACGGCGUGCGCGCGCGCCGUCUACGACCUCGCUGGCGGCCUCGGCGACAAGCCGUGA